CCGCCCCUGAACACGGAACUGCGGGAAGCGCUGCUGUGCUCCGUCUCUACAGUGACGGACGAGUUGAAGACCGAGGAUAAAGACAACAAUUUCUCUGCUGGCUGCUGCUUUUGAUCGCCGUUAAUAAUGUUCCGCUUGCGGGCGUUGUCCGCGGCUGCGGUCGGGCUCUCGCAGUUGUCUCGCCGUUAUCACAGCGGCGCAGUGCGAGGGCCUGACCGGAGGAGACUGAUGCUGGCGGCUCUGGCGGGGGUCACCGGGGUGUCUGCGAGUGCUGGACUACUCUGGACAAGAGCGUAUGCAGAUGCAGGCCCUUCUGUUCGACACUCGGAGCAAGCAGGUGGAGAAGAAACAGACUUCGUGAAAGACACAUGCCCAGAGACGGAGUCUGAGAAGUCGGUGGAGCCCAGCGGCGGGGAGGAGGCGGCGCAAGACGACGACGGCGGCGACGGGAAAAAAAAGAAGCCGCGCUCUGGAUUCCGUGACCGCAAGGUGAUGGAGUAUGAGAACAGGAUAAGGGCCUACUCCACCCCAGACAAGAUUUUCCGCUACUUCGCCACGCUGAAGGUCAUCAGCGAGCACGGGGACGCGGAAGUUUACAUGACACCCCAGGACUUCAUCCGCUCUAUCACACCCAACGAGAAGCAGCCAGAGAACCUCGGCCUGGAUCAGUUCAUUGUGAAGCGUUACGACGGGAAGGACUUCUGGCAGACGGAGAAAAUAGCCCAGGAGAGGGAGAAGUUUGCAGAUGAGGACAGCAUAUUUUACACACUGGGAGAAUGUGGACUGAUCUCCUUCUCCGACUACAUUUUCCUCACCACCGUGCUUUCCACUCCCCAGAGGAAUUUUGAGAUCGCCUUCAAGAUGUUCGACCUGAACGGCGAUGGGGAAGUGGACCUGGAGGAGUUCGAGCAGGUCCAGAGCAUCAUUCGGUCUCAGACCAGCAUGGGCAUGCGGCACCGCGACCGCUCCACGACAGGAAACACUCUGAAGACGGCCGGCUGCAGCUCCGCUCUCACCACCUACUUCUUUGGAGAAGACUUGAAGGGAAAGCUCACCAUCGGCAGCUUCCUGGAGUUUCAGAGGAAACUGCAGCACGAUGUGCUCAAGCUGGAGUUCGAGAGGAACGACCCCGUGGACGGCAGGAUCACCGAGAGGCAGUUCGGCGGGAUGCUGCUGGCCUACAGCGGCGUGCAGUCCCGCAAGCUCAAGCAGAUGCAGAAGGGCCUGAAGAAGAUGUUUAAAGAUGCACAGGGCGUCACAUUCGAGGAGCUGGAGAACUUCUUCACUUUCCUGAAGAACGUGAACGACGUGGACACGGCCCUGAGCUUCUACCACAUGGCCGGAGCCUCCAUAGAUAAAGUUACCAUGAAGCAGGUGGCGCGCACCGUGGCCAAAGUGGAGCUGUCGGACCACGUGUGCGACGUGGUGUUCGCCCUGUUCGACUGCGACGGGAACGGGGAGCUCAGCAACAAGGAGUUCAUCGCCAUCAUGAAGCAGCGGCUGAUGCGCGGCCUGGAGAAACCCAAGGACAUGGGCUUCACCCGGCUGGUGCGCGCCAUGUGGAAGUGCGCCCAGGACACCGCCUGGGACUUCGCCAUGCCCAAGACAUAAUGAUGCGGCGGCGGCGGCGGCAUCAAAGGCUUUCUCCUUCAACAGGUUUCCAGAACUUCAAACUCCUGCGUCGAACUCGUUGAAGCCGCAGCUGGGAGGAGCUUCGUCCAUCAUUAAUGCAUGUUGCUGCGAUCCAGGAUCGGUUUAGUGACUGGCGAGGCUUGACGCGGCGCAGCGCGUCCU